UCGGGAUUAAAUAUUUUAAUCGAUUGACAGCCCUAGUUUAGUGACAUGUGUCUAAGGAGUUUAAGGAGUUUAGGAGUUUAAUUUGUUUUUGGUCAAGAUUUUUCAAAAUGAAAGUCACUGGGAUUCACAGUCCACAUGAAUGAGUGUGUGCGAGGCAUGUUGUGUGACACAUCAUUGCAUGAUGUGGUUGUUGCUGAGCUGCUAGCUGAAGUGGAAAGUCAGUUGUUAUGUUAUGCACAACAUUUUGUCACACGAAAGAGCAGAAUUACACGGCUUCUUUCCGCCAGAGACGGACAGUUAUGUAAAGUAAUCGAGGGAAAGUCGGUCUCACAUUCCAUCGUUUCCUCAUCAUGCUCUGAGUGACUGAAUAUUCAUGUGUGUGUGUUUAUUCCUAACUGUAUUCAGGACGGGGAUGGCAUGCUACGAGAGGUAGAGUAGGUGCUGAGGGUCAGAAUUUUCGGCCUCUGGUUACCAUGGAGACCUCCAUGGCGACCAGUGGCAGGGGCCGCGGGACUCACUUUUGAAGUUGGGUCGUGGUGCAGGGCUUUGGCUGUGGAGGGUAGUGAGGGGUAAGGGGGGCAGAGAACAGAUUAGAGGUGCAAGGUGGGGGUUGCAGCCACUGGGCGAACAGCGGGAGAGGAAAUGUGGCUUGGUGGGUCAAUCUGAGUGGUCGGACUAUUUCCCCGAAUGUGGUGGUACUUCUCAGUCCCCUGUUGACGUGGUAACCACCCAGACUAAAUAUGACCCCAGUUUGAUGCCUCUGACCCCACUGGGCUACAGCCAGCACGGCAACCAGCCCUUCACUCUGUACAACAACGGACACACAGUGGUGAUUGAGCUGCCUGACUGGAUGGGACUAGGGGGGCUGCCCUGGCUCUUUACAGCUGUGCAAAUGCACCUCCACUGGGGCAGCGGCGGCCCGAGUUACGGUGGCAGUGAACACACCAUCAACGGAAUGAGUGCAGAUGCAGAGCUACAUGUGGUGCACUACAACUCUGAGCUCUACCCCAACGUGUCCACAGCGAUGACGCAGAGCGAGGGCUUGGCUGUUUUAGGAAUUCUCAUUGUGACAGGUGAGGAGACCAACCUGGCAUUUAACAACAUCCUCAACUACCUGAGCCGCGUCAGACAUGCUAACCAGAAGGUGUCCAUCCCAGCCUUUGACAUCAAGUCCCUCCUCCCGAAGGAUCUAGGACGCUACUAUCGCUACAACGGCUCGCUAACAACGCCGCCCUGCUACCAGAGUGUGAUCUGGUCACUGUUCAACGAGAGGGUUCAAAUCUCAAAGGCACAGCUGCUGAAGAUGGAGACGAUACUUUACUCCAGCAAAGCCGAAGAUCCAGACAGGAUGCUGCUGCAGGACAACUACCGCGCCACACAGCCGCUCAACCACAGGGUCGCCUUCGCCUCCUUCUCUGCAGAAUCAGGGAAGGAGCUCACUCCUGGUGAAGUCACAGCUAUAGUAAUAGGAGUGAUGUGCGGCUGUGUAGGUCUGGCAGUGAUCGUUCGCUUCAUCGUGAAGACGAUACGAUUUUUUACACUCCUCCACCGUGAAUCAGUCGUGGUAAACAGCUCUACCUCUAGCUGGGACGUCCUACCCAGUAACCGGCCUGCUCCCAUGUCAAGGAUGAAGGAGCCAGAGAAUACGAAAGAGAAAAAACAAGACAUGGCUCUGAACUCGACCUCUGGAGCAGAAAAGAAAGAAGAACCCACACCGUCUCCUCAGACUGAGCCCUAGCCGACAGCCCGGCUUCAGUCCAGACACAAGCAAAGUGUUCUCUUCUUCCCCCUUGCCAAUGAUCUUAUCACUGAUCUCCUCGGGGGACAAACAUAUCACUCAUCACUUACACAAGACAAUAGGAACAAACAUUUUAAACUGGACACAGGGCAAAUCACCUGCUGCCCUGAUCACGUCACUCUUUCCAGUAAUUUUUCUCCUGCCCAAACUCUGAUGUUGGCAGUGUUGGUAUUAGACUUUUUUGUUUUCAGUUUGCACGUGGAGCACUUGGUGUAAAUACGUCGGUUUGCUGGCUCUGAGUCGUAUGCUUGCUCUUGCAAUGCCUGGGAUGCAUGAUUGAUUCAUGUAAAUACUUUGUAAAAUAUCUUUUGCUGUUCUUUUCUGUUUCACACAUGGCCAUUAUUUCAUCUUCCUGCCUUGAAGCACACUGCACUGUAUGACAUGUAAUAUGAAUUCAUAUACCCAAUGUAAUAUUAUUAUUUUUCCUUUGUCCCUGGACUUGAGCAUUGAUGCACAGUAGGUCGUAUCAAAUGAAAAUCUAUGAUGAAGGUUUUAAGGGAUUCAAAAUGCUAAGUAUAAACUGAUGCUGAACAUUAUGUCUCUGAUCUCAAUAUAGCGCAUUAUAUUGUAAAUGGAGGAGUUAUAUUUAUGUACAUGUGUUCAUUCUACUGGUGCCAUAUAUCAUCUUUGUCUGGUGGAUUUUUUUGCUGUAUAUAACUCGUCAACAUGGGCACCUCAUUAAAUUACUUGAAUGGAAA